CACAGUCGUUGAAACGCGUUAGCACCGUAACAACGUACGCGGUUUUCGUUAAAACUAUAAACUUCAAUUGAUAAUAAAAAUAAUUGAAUGAAAAAGUUAAAUACAAUUACAAUUACACUGAAAGUAAACUUAACGGUUAAAUAGCUAAACAGAAAAGUGUUUGAAACUAAUACCAAAAAAAAAAAAAAAACAACUUAACAUUAUUAAAAGCAAUUAAAUAAUUAUAAAAAAAUCAUUAUUAAUAAAAACUAAAAGAAAAAGUUAAAACAAAAAAUAAAUAAAAUAAUUUAUAACUAAAACUAAGAGAAAGUGUUUAAAAAAAUUAAAGUGUUUAAAUAAACAAUAUGUCUAGUGCACAAGUAUCACAGCCGCCCACUUUGCAACAAUUGCAACAGCAUCAACAACAACAGCAGCAGCAACAACAACAACAGCAACAUCUAUCACAGUUUCUCAAUCAUAUAGCAGCUUCUCAACAGCAUCAUCAUCACCAACAACAGCAGCAGCAACAACAACAACAGCAGCAUCAAAAUCUCUCUCCCCAUCAUAGUGAUUAUCAACAAGAUUCCAAUACCCGCUCUACCAUCUCACCACGAUCACCACAAUCUCAAUUAAGUCCUACACGUUCUACGGGAUCACCACAUUCUAAUAGCAACUCACCCAAACCUUUACAAAACUCCAAUACAAACAGUGAAGAAUCUAAUAAUCAACAUAACAUCAGCUCUACUUCUUCAACUCUAAACCCCACAACUUCUUCAAUACCUCUGUUAGUGCAGCCUGUUCCAUUGGCCUCGAAUAUGCAUAAUAUGGCACAAUUACCACAAGCCGUCGCUGCUGCUGCCAGUCUCAGAGAUCAACGUAUAUUCAAUUCUCCUCUAGUGGCUCAACAAAGACUCUAUGACUCUCUGCCACCACCUCCAGUCGGACCUCAUAGUGUCUAUUCUAUGCCACGUUUACCUCUUAUGUUGCCCUCUCAAAAUCCCUCCAAUCCUCUAACACAACUACCCCAACCUCCAGUACCACCCACAUCAACAUCACCGUCGGCUUCACGAUCACCUCCCAUUCUACAGCAGAGUCAACCUAAGAAAUCAUUUUGUAUUGAUGCUCUACUGGCGAAAAAUCAAAAUGGUUCUGAUUCUCAAUCGCCUGAAGUGAUAAGUGUUAAAGCUCCUCCUAUGGAUGAUCGUUUGGCUUUGGGUUUACAGUAUGCUCGCGAUAUGUCUGCUAUGGGUAUGUCCGAACAGGAGGCUUUACAGCGGCUGCAUGAAUCACGUGAAUAUGAUUCACCCAGUCCCGACGGCAUGUCAAGAUCGGAAUCUCCUACAUCCUCUCAUCGUUCUAGUCCUCCCAUCAGUCCCGGCUGUGAAGAUCAACAACAUCUUGGCAUGCAUGCCAUGGAUUUGGGUGAUGAAUUCAAAAAGCCAGUACCUCCUCAUAGUCCUAUACGUCCACAAGAUUUUCCUCUAUAUGCCGGCGGUCAUCCUUAUCAGCUUUUAGCUCCGGGCGGUUCAGCUUUUCAUCGUCCAUUAGAUCCAUCCGGAAAACCCAUAGCGAUUCCCAUGGGUCAACACUUUAUGCCUUCACAUUUACAAUUCGAAUUUCUCGCUCGUGCCGGUAUGUUACAUCAUCGUAUACCCGAACUUGCAGCCUAUCCACACCACGCUAUCUUGGGUAAAACUCGUCGUCCACGAACUGCCUUCACCUCACAACAGCUGCUAGAGUUGGAAAAACAAUUUAAACAAAAUAAAUAUCUAUCCCGCCCUAAACGUUUCGAAGUGGCCAGUGGUCUAAUGCUGUCGGAGACACAAGUGAAAAUAUGGUUUCAAAAUCGUCGCAUGAAAUGGAAGCGUUCCAAAAAGGCUCAACAAGAGGCUAAAGAAAGAAUUAAGCAACAGCAACAGUCACAACAGAAUUCGGCACCAUCGACUGUCAGUUAGUUUUUGGCCAAGGAAAGUAGGGGGUUUUAUUAGUACCAUACCCUUUAAAAACCAACGUUAUAACAACUAAAAGAACAAUAGCAACAAGAACAAUAAGCAAUACAAGAAACUUGCAACUAUAAGUGGAGUUUAAAUGGGGAAAAUGUCAAGGAGUGACUACUCCAAGCAUUAAACAUACACACACACAUACAGUAUUAACAAAACAAACUGAUGCAGUAUUGUUGAUGAUGAUGAUAAUGAUAACAAUGAGGCUGUUAAUUAAGAAUGCUAGUCAGUUGGCUAAUCAAACUGUUAGUUUGGUCAACACCAAGAGGCAAAAAAAUGCAUACAUAUGCAUAGUGUAAUGGUGCUAAGUUGCACAAACAGCAUGCAACAUGCAGCAUACUAAAAACUUGUAUCCGUCCGGUUGCAAAGAAUGAAUGAAUUUUAAAACAAAAAGUCUAUUGCUACAAAUUGUAUUUAUUUAUUUUAAUUUUGUGUUUGUUUAUAUUGUUUAACCUAAACACAUCCUGUUGUGUUUGAAAACAAGGACAUCAGCUCCUGAAACUAAUCAAUAUAUAUUGUUUUUAAUUUUUGAAAAUUUGUCUUAACAAAAAAAUAUUUCUUUAAUUAAAUAUACUAUUGUAAUUAGCUCAAUUAAAUCAUUUCCUAAUGAUAAACAAGCUGCUGUUUUUUGAUGAAAAUUUAUAUCUAUUUAAUUAAAUCGCUUUAUGUGAUAAAAUAUUGUUUUACAAAAAAAAUUAAAAUCCUAAAAAUUCUUUGAAAUAAUGUUUGUAAAUGUAUUUAUUGUAAAUAUUCAAUGUAAAAAAAAAACUAUAUAUUUUUAAGUAAUAAUUCUUGUAUUAUAUGACCAUAAGUAUAGGUACAAUUUAUUGAAUUUUGAAUAGAAAAAA